GCCCGACCCGUGAGAUUGGGCGAGCCCAUCGGUGAAAUCUCGGAUCAUCACAAUUCCAAUUUCACUCAUUUUUCUCUCCCAAAUCAAACCACAACACUUCUCCCCAACAACAAUGGCGUUAUCAAAUCUCCGAAGACUAACCCAAUCCCACACCCGCCUCCCCUCCCUCUCCUUCCUAACCCAAUCCCCCAUUUGCCGUCCCACCUCCACCAAAAAAGUCUCCGACCGCAUCGUGCGUCUCUCCGCCAUCGAUUUCGAAGGCCAAAAACACAACGUCAUCGGCCUCACAGGCCAAACCCUCCUGAAAGCCCUAAUCAAUACCGGCUUAAUCGAUCCCGAUUCUCACCGUCUCGAAGAGAUCGAUGCAUGCUCCGCUCACUGCGAAAUCAACAUCGCUCAAGAAUGGCUUGAUAAGCUUCCCCCGAGGAGUUACGAUGAGGAGUAUGUUCUGAAGCAUAAUUCGAGAGCUAGGGUUCUUAAUAAGCACUCGAGAUUGGGGUGCCAGGUUCUUCUUAAUCAUGACCUUCAAGGUAUGGUUGUUGCACUUCCUGAGCCCAAACCAUGGGACACUUCUUAGGGCUUUUUUUUCUUCUGAAUGUUUGGUUGUUGAAUAAUGUGGUUGAUUGAAAGAGGUGAAGUAAUUGAACCUUGUUGUGAUUUAAUGUUUCCUUGUUUUUGUAGUUUGCAAGUUAUGAUGGAACUUUUGGUUAUUUGAACUCUUGUGCCUGUGAUUGGCAAUGAAAUGUGCUAUUAAUAAUUAUUUGCAAUGUUUA